AUGUCUACCUUCAAUGUUUUAAGAUACUCCGCUUUAGGUGCUGGUAUUUUCUACGGUGCUUUACAUAGAUAUAGCUUAGAAUCAACUCAUGCUGAACAAUCAGCUGCUGAACAAUGGAAAAAGGAAGAGAAAUUAAUCAAAGCUGCUAAAGCUGAAUAUGCUAAAUUGAAUCCUCCAAAGGUUGUUGCUUCCACCACUAAAGGUUCCAUCAAUUGGGAAGAUCCAAACUUGGAUAUAGGUUCUGCUUUAGAAUCUUUAUUGAAGAUCUUUACCAUCUAUGACGCUAUCAUUACCAAUAUCCAACCAAUAAUGAGCAAACAAGAUGUAAUUGAUACUAAACCAUCAUGUACUGCUCAACCCGGGUGUUGGAAAUCUUCAACAAUAUCAAUCCAAAGUAAUUCUGGAAAGAUGGAUAUGGAACUCAAUCGUAUUCAAGUACGUGAGGUUAACGAUUGUAUUACCACCUUCAGUUUAGAGUUAGGCUUAGCAAGAUCUUCAACCACCUUCUCACGUUCAUUAAUAGAAAGAUAUAGAUUAAAACCAGAUAAAGAGUUUAAAGCACUGGUGGUAGCUGCUACUGCCAUAGCAUCAACUAUUAGAAAAGAGAAUCUCCCAGAAAGCAUAAUUAACUACUUAUGUGAUGAAUUUAAAAUUUCAAUUGAAGAAUUAAAUGACGCCCUUGUCUAUUUAAAAUAG